CACCUGACUAUAGUACUAUACUUAGUGCAGCAACUGUACGUGUGUAAAUUGUUAAAAGGUUGCAUUUGACACAAGUUAGUGGAGGGGCUGACGAAACGAGACGGUGAUGGUAAAGGGAAACAUCUAAAAGAAGGUUAAAAAACGUUUUAGUGCAGUACACCUUUGAUCCCAUGCAUUUCUAAGUAGUAUGUCUAAAUCGACGCAGGGCUAUUUUUUUUUUUAUUAUUAUUAUUAUAGUUGUAAUUUCAUUGGCCAGCUUUGCUUCAUCACCAUCAACUUUUGAUGAGAUAACUACAGGGGGUUCUCGUCCUACGGCAAUUCAAGAGUGGAGGUGAGCGGCACUUGGUGAGGAGCUGAACUGCCUGGUUCGUGUCAUGGCUACGCUUCACCGGCUGCUCCUGCUGUUGUCUGUGGUUACAGCUGCAGUGGCAACACGCAAAUCCCUGCGGGUGAAGAGAGGAUUAAUGGAGCUCGCAGGCAUGAUAAAAUGCAGCACGCACAACAGUGCCUUAGACUACAUGUUGUACGGAUGCUACUGUGGCCUGGGUGGUCAAGGAAUGCCAAAAGACCAGACGGAUCGAUGUUGUUUCCGUCAUGACUGCUGUUAUGGAGAGGCCGAAGACAAAGGCUGCAAAACCAAAACCGCCCAGUAUCACUGGAAGUGUGAUGACGAGAUACCUGAGUGCGAAGACCUGGAGGACCACUGUGAAGAACUGCUGUGCGAGUGCGACAGAGAUUUUGUCGAAUGCUUAAAGAGAGCCAGAUUUGAUUUAUCUUACAAAUUUUGGCCAAAUUUUAUGUGUGGGCACGACCAUCUAACUUGUAACUAGCUGAAGGACCUGCUUUGAUUUUGUCCUGAAAGAGUCACAAAAGCAGGAUUUAAUAUUUUUAUAUUCAGAGUCCUGAUUGGAAUCUAACAAUGGUUUUUAUUAUUUUAAGGAAAUAUAUCUGUAUAGUCAGACAUCAGGCUACUCCAGCCAUUUUUAUCUGAAUAGUCAUUUUUAUGUAAAAAAAAAAAUUAUCAAGGUAACAUUUUAUAGUCCUUACGUUUGCUACAUCUUCAAUGAACACCUUUGGUUAUUGAAGCACAAAACAAACUUUUUUUCUUUCUUUCACUGCUACAGUAUGUACUGCAUGUCAUUGACAUAAUACAUUAAGAUUUUACAUGCCACUCCAUUAGCGGCAAACAAUACAGCCACUUUAAAGGUGUUGAUUGUACAGCUAAGCUAUGCGCUAAAAGCUUAAAAUUUACUAAGCUAUAUUGUCAGGUAAAAGAAUUUAGCCCAGACUAUACUAUAUAUUGUAAAAAUCCUGAAAUGAUUUAAACGUUGGUUAAAAACAACAGGCAAAUGCUGAUGCUAAUGAGAUAAUUUACCGCAAGGCAAGCCCAGUAAUCGUUAGCCAAAAAAGACUGAAAUAUAAAAAAGUUGUAAAACACAAUAUAUGCAAUUUUUUUUAAAAAAAAUUAAAAGUAAGCACCCAAAUGGCUAAAAGUUGGUAUAAGUAGAAUAAAGUUUGUAUGGAAAAAGGUGUAGAUAAUCAGCACACACUAUGCUAAAAACAACCCCUAGUGGCACUUAAUUAAAAAUAACUAAAAAGAGCCAAUAAACAGUAUAAAAUUGGUUAAAAAAAACAAAACAACAAAUGAAUAAAAAGAAUUGAAUAAAACCAGAAGGUUAUGACAGGAUUGACAAAAAAGACAUACUGAGAAGAUAAAGAAUAAAUAUCCCCAAAAA